UAGCAAGCAAACAUUUCUUGUCAGAUGAAAACAUUUGUGCUCGCUGCAUUUAUCGAAAGUGUAUUUUGCCCCCUUUUCACCUCACGCGCCGGUGAACCCUAGACUCGCUCCGCUUUUCUGCAUCUUCUCAGCUCUAAGGGGCUUGAUGGCAUUGAGCAUUGGUGAGAUGAAGCAAUGUGUUUGAGUGUUGGUCGAUAUCAGCAGAAAAGUUGCGAUCUUUACACUGAUUGCUUUUUUAGAACAUAGGCUUCCAUGGAUGACGAUGGUGGAUUGGGUAUCCGGAAUUGGGGCUACUAUGACCCACCAUCGAAGGAAAAUCUUGGAUUGCGGCUCAUGCCUUCUUUGGUGGAACGGGAUGUGAAGCCAGUUGUAUCAAGUGGUGGAUUUAUUCACAGGCUUUGUAGUCUUCCAGAGCCAUCACUUCCAAUGGACUUUGUGAGGGAUGGAUGGUUUCACCAUAGUAAUGACAAUGUAAAGAAUGAUUAUGUGAGGGAAGGAUGGAUACACUAUAGCAAUGACAAUAGCAAGAGCUUCCCCAUUUUGACGACAAACCAUCAGCAGCAUACCAGUUAUAAUGUCCUCCCUGAUCCCACCAUAGUGAACAAUGUCCAGAUGUUUCAGCACUUGGAGCCACAGCCCAAGGAGGACAAGCCUUUGAUGAAAGAGGAGCCAGUUGAUGGAAAUGAGCCUCCUUUGAAGAAGAGGUCUAGGGGUCGUCCACAGAAAUCACCAAAGCCAAAGAAGCCUAAGAAAGCCGCAGCACCAAGAGAUGGGGUUGCUAAUGGCUCCAUUUCACAUGGAAAGACUGGGAAGAAGAGCACUAGCAUGAUUAUUAAUGGGAUUGAUUUUGAUAUCUCAAGAAUUCCAACUCCAGUGUGUUCUUGUACUGGAAAGCAACAACCAUGCUACAAGUGGGGUAUUGGAGGAUGGCAAUCAGCAUGCUGCACGACCAGUAUUUCUAUGUAUCCCCUUCCAAUGAGCACUAAGAGGAGAGGGGCGCGUAUUGCUGGUAGAAAAAUGAGCCAGGGUGCAUUUAAGAAGGUGCUGGAGAAGCUAGCUGGAGAAGGUUAUAAUCUUUCUAACCCAAUUGACUUGAAGACCUUCUGGGCGAAGCAUGGUACUAACAAGUUUGUGACUAUCAGGUAAAAAUUUUGUUGGCUAGGCUUAUGAAUCUUCGCCUUUGCAAUGGAUCAUUGCUUCUCUAAUGUAGAUUAAUCUGUGUCCUGUGGGGAUCAUUGGUAUAACUUGAGUGUGUUUUUUGUAUUAUUACUCUUAACAUGGCUUAUGGGGCUUAGACACUCAGGUUAUAUCAUCAUCAAAGCUUGUAACUUUUUGUGGAGACAAUGCACCCUAAGAUGGUCCUUUCACCUACUACAUAUAAUUUUUUUAUUCA